CCCGGCAGGAAUCCCGGCAGGAAUCCCGAUUAUUCCCAUGGGAAUCCUGGCAGGAAUUCCAGCGGGAAUCGCAGCUCCAAAAGCAAAGCCAAUCCCAAGGCCCGACGGGAGAUUCCCAAAGGGAAAAGCAGCGGGAACGCCGGGAAUUCCCGGAGUUCCGAGGCUGGGAGUUCCCAGAAUUCCCGGAUUUCCCAGAAUUCCCGGAAUUCCGAGCGAUUCCGGGUGCUGAGCGCGGGCGUGCGGCCGCCGCUGCGGCUCCCGCUGGGCUCCGCCUUCUUCCUGAGCGGGAAGAGACCCCGGAAAAACCCCGGGAAUUCUUCCGGGAAAAGCCCGGGAGACUCCGGAGCCGCCUCCAGGGAUCCUUCGGAAAAGGCUCGGCCUGGGCCGGAAAAAGCGGGAAAGGCGGAAAAAGCGGGAGAGGAAAGCGCGGGAAGGAUUCCGGAAGCUCAGGAAGAGGAGAAGGAAAACCGGGAAUGCUCCGGAGAGGCGGGAACGGCCGGGAACGGCGCCCGGAAUUCCGAGGGGAAGGAGGAAGCCCCUGGAAUUCCUCCCUCUCCCAGCCCGGAUUCCCGGGAUUCCCCCGGCCCCAGGAAGGAACCGGGCUCUCCGUGCCCGGCCGGGCUCUUCCCCAUCUUCCUUCCCGCCCGGAAGAGGCCCCUGCAGGAGCUCCCGGCUCCCCUCAGCCCCUCCGGAAAAGCUCCCAGGAGAUCCAAGGAAUCCUCGCGGCAUUCCCGGGAUCAGAUGAUCAUUGACGCGGGGCAGCGUUCCCUGUCCCCGGAGCGCUGCGGAUCCUGCGGGAUGCUCUUCUCCCCCGCCCUGCCUGAGGAUCGGCUCCAGCACCUGCGGCACCACCGCAGCCUCCGGCAGAGACCCCGCUUCCCGGGCUGGAAGCAGGAGCGCGUGGUGGCGGAAUUCUGGGAUGGGAAAAUCGUCCUGAUCCUUCCCGGAGAUCCCAAGCACGUCCUCAGGAAGGCUCGUUUGGCUCUGGCCGCGGCUGAUCCCGAGCUGGGCCUGGGGGGAGGGGCCCCCGCGAGCCCCCGGCGGCGCCUGCUGCUCUUCCUGGGGGGGGGAGGGGCCCUGCAGGGCUGCCUGGAGGCCACGCCCAUCACACAGGCGUUCCGGGUGCUGCCGGAGCCGUUCCCGGAUUCCCGGGAUAAGGAGGGUUCCGAUUCCGGCUGCCCGCGCUGGGCGUGGCGCUGCCGGCGGGAUCCGGAGCCGGCCGUGUGCGGGAUCAGCCGGAUCUGGGUGCUGCCGGCACGGAGGCGCCGCGGGAUCGCCCGCAGGAUGCUGGACACGCUCCGGCGCACGUUCGUGUUCGGGGCCGUGCUGGAUUCCCAGGAUUUGGCCUUUUCCGACCCCACUCCGGACGGGCGGAGCCUGGCGGCCGCCUACUGCAACCGGCCCGACUUCCUGGUCUGCAGCUUCCUGCCGGGAUCCCAGGGAUCACCGGGAUCCCUGACAUCCCUGGAAUCGGCCGGAUCGGGAUCAGAGGGAUCCCCGGGAUCAGCGGGAUCGGGAUCAGCGGGAUCCCCGGGAUCAGAGGGAUCUGCCGGGUCAGGGUCAGUGAAAUCCUUGGGAUCACCUGGAUUGGGAUCGGUGAAAUCAUCAGGAUCAGCAGGAUUGGGAUCUGCGAAAUCAGCGGGAUCCACUGGAUCGGGAGCCGCGGGAUCCCCGAAAUCAGCGGGAUCGGGAUCAGCGGGAUCAGUGAAAUCAGCGGGAUCCCUGGAAUCCUUGGGAUCGGCUGGAUCGGGAUCCACCAGGUCAGGAUCAGGGAGAUCGUUGGGAUCAACUGGAUUUGGAUUGGCGAAAUCAUCUGGAUCGGGAUCAGUGGGAUCAGUGAAACCGUUGGGAUUGGCCGGAUCGGGAGCCGUGGGAUCCCUGGAAUCGGCGGGAUCGGGAUCAGCAAAAUCCUUGGGAUCGGCGGGAUCGGGAUCAGCUGGAUCCCUGGAAUCGACAGGAUCAGAGUCUGCGGGAUCCACCGGCUCAGGAUCCCUGGAAUCGUCGGGAUCAGCCUGAAUUCCCGAGGGGCUGCAGAGGCCGGCAUGGAUCCGGCCGGGAUCCCGAGGGAUCCUUCCCUAAAUCCCUUCCCUAAAUCCCUGGGGAACCCCUCGAUCCCUUUGGGAAUCCUUCCCUGAAAUCCCUCAGGAAUCCCCCGUUCCCUUCUUUUCUUCGGGAAUCUUUUCCCUCCCCAUCCCUCGGGAACCCCUCCCCGCUCCGUUCCACCAGAAUUCCUGGAAUUCUCCCGGAAUUCCUUCGGGAUUUCAGCGAUUCGGGCUCGGGGAUCCCUUCCCGAGGAUUUUCCCGCCGGAUCAGCACCGGGAGCCGCCGGGGCAGGAAAUUCCAGGCGUUUCCUGGGAAUAUUCCCGGGUUUUGUGAGGCCAUCCCGUGCAUUUCUGAGCAGAUUCCCGGUUUUUAUGGAAAUAUUCCCAGAUUUUCUGAUGUUCUCCCAUAGAUUUAUCGAAAAAUUCCAGAGUUUUAUGGAAAUAUUCCCGAGUUUUAUGGAAAUAUUCCCAAGUUUCGUGAUGAUAUCCCAUAGAUUGAUGGAAAUAUUCCCGGUUUUUAUGGAAGUAUUCCAAAGUUUUACGGAAAUAUUCCAAGGUUUUGUGUUAUCCCAUAGAUUCAUGACAAUAUUCCCAGGUUUUAUGAAAAUAUUCCCAAGUUUUAUGGAAAUAUUCCCAGAUUUUCCGAUGUUAUCCCAUAGAUUUAUAGAAAUAUUCCAGAGUUUUAUGGAAAUAUUCCCAGGUUUUGUGAUAUCCCAUUGAUCUCUGACCAGAUUCCCAGUUCUUAUGGAAACAUUCCAAGGUUUUAUGACAAUAUUCCAUAAA